CCGGCAGGUGCGCACGCUCGCCGGCUGCAGUGCGUGGACUCCCGGCCCUGGAUCGCGGGUCCCGGGCCCGCUGGGACCGCCAUGCCCUCCUACACGGUGACUGUGGCCACCGGCAGCCAGUGGUUCGCGGGCACCGACGACUACAUCUACCUCAGCCUGGUGGGCUCGGCCGGCUGCAGCGAGAAGCACCUGUUGGACAAGGCCUUCUACAAUGACUUCGAGCGCGGCGCGGUUGAUUCCUAUGACGUGACUGUGGAUGAAGAACUCGGUGAGAUCCAUCUGAUCAGAAUCGAGAAGCGCAAGUACUGGCUUCAUGAUGACUGGUACCUGAAGUACAUCACCCUGAAGACCCCGCAUGGAGAUUACAUCGAGUUCCCCUGCUACCGCUGGAUCACAGGCGAAGGGGAGAUCGUCCUGAGGGAUGGCCGUGCAAAGUUGGCUCGAGAUGACCAAAUCCACAUUCUCAAGCAGCACAGACGUAAAGAAUUAGAAACGCGGCAGAAACAGUACCGCUGGCUGGAGUGGAACCCUGGCUUUCCCCUGAGUAUCGACGCCAGAUGCCACAAGGACUUACCCCGAGAUAUCCAGUUUGAUAGUGAGAAAGGAGUGGACUUCGUUCUCAACUACUCCAAGGCGAUGGAGAACCUGUUUAUCAACCGCUUCAUGCACAUGUUCCAGUCUUCUUGGCAUGAUUUCGCUGACUUUGAGAAAAUCUUCGUCAAGAUCAGCAACACUAUCUCUGAGCGGGUCAUGAACCACUGGCAGGAAGACCUCAUGUUCGGAUAUCAGUUCCUGAAUGGCUGCAACCCCGUGCUGAUCCAGCGCUGCACCCAGCUCCCUGCAAAGCUCCCAGUGACCACAGAGAUGGUGGAGUGCAGCCUAGAGCGGCAGCUCAGCUUGGAACAGGAGGUCCAGGAAGGGAACAUUUUUGUAGUGGACUAUGAGCUGUUGGAUGGCAUUGAUGCCAACAAGACUGACCCCUGCACACACCAGUUCCUGGCAGCACCCAUUUGCCUGCUCUACAAAAACCUGGCCAACAAGAUCGUCCCCAUUGCCAUCCAGCUCAACCAAAUCCCAGGCGAGGAGAACCCCAUUUUUCUCCCUUCCGAUGCAAAAUACGACUGGCUUUUGGCGAAAAUUUGGGUGCGUUCCAGUGACUUCCACAUCCACCAGACUAUCACCCACCUCCUGCGCACGCAUCUUGUGUCAGAGGUGUUUGGUAUUGCCAUGUACCGCCAGCUGCCUGCCGUGCAUCCCAUUUUCAAGCUGCUGGUGGCACACGUGAGGUUCACCAUCGCCAUCAACACCAAGGCCCGGGAGCAGCUCAUCUGCGAGUAUGGCCUCUUUGACAAGGCCAACGCCACCGGGGGCGGCGGGCACGUGCAGCUGGUGCAGCGCGCCAUGAAGGACGUGACCUACGCCUCCCUGUGCUUCCCCGAGGCCAUCAAGGCCCGGGGCAUGGACAGCGCCCAGGACAUCCCCUACUACUUCUACCGCGACGACGGGCUGCUGGUGUGGGAGGCCAUCCUGACGUUCACCGCCGAGGUGGUGGGCAUCUACUACGAGAGUGACCAGGUAGUGGAAGAGGAUCAGGAGCUGCAGGACUUUGUGAGGGACGUCUACGUGUACGGCAUGCGGGGCAGGAAGGCUUCAGGCUUCCCCAAGUCCAUCAGGAGCCGGGAGAAGCUGUCCGAGUACCUCACCGUGGUCAUCUUCACGGCUUCUGCCCAGCACGCGGCAGUGAAUUUCGGCCAGUACGACUGGUGCUCCUGGAUCCCCAAUGCUCCCCCAACCAUGCGGGCCCCGCCGCCCACCGCCAAGGGCGUGGUGACCAUCGAGCAGAUUGUGGACACGCUGCCGGACCGCGGCCGCUCCUGCUGGCAUCUGGGCGCUGUGUGGGCGCUGAGUCAGUUUCAGGAAAAUGAGCUCUUCCUGGGCAUGUACCCCGAGGAGCAUUUCAUCGAGAAGCCGGUAAAGGAGGCCAUGGCUCGAUUCCGCAAGAGCCUGGAGGCCAUCGUCAGUGUGAUUGCCGAACGCAACAAGAACAAAAAGCUGCCUUAUUACUACUUGUCUCCAGACCGCAUCCCCAACAGUGUGGCCGUUUGAGCCACCUACACCCAUCUGGCCGACAAAGCAAACUGCCCUGCCAGCUUCCAACCUGCCUCGGAGCUGCGAGCCCGAGCUCAGGCCCCGGGCUGCCUGGUAUCAAACCACUCUCGGAUGAGUCACAUUAUAGCAAGGCUUCAGUGCGUUUUCAUGUUUAUUCCUCCACUGUUAGUGAUUGAACUGUGAAGGCAUUGCCAGGGGCCUUCCUUCACACAGCAGCAAGGGUUAGAGCAAGGCCCCUCCACGCCCAGCUUAGCACUUCUGGCCAGCACAGCAGCUGGUUCGGAUGUCCAGGUCUGCUACUGGGCACAUCGAUUACUUGUGCUAGUCACAGUUAAUUCCAUUUCUUGCAUGCGGCCAGUGUCCAAAGACAUACUUGUGAAUUAACUUUUGGUUGUCACAAAAAUAAAGUUCAUAAGUCUUGUUCCACAUUCUCUAAACUCCGGUCACCACCAAAAAUAAAGCCAGAUUCUAUCUGA